CUGACUAGCAUUAGAUAACAUAAGAUCGUUGACGUUUCUGAGUAAUGUCACUUUAGCUAACAUGUUUUCAUGCUAAUUGUCUCCUGAUGAGACAUGAGACAGUUAACACUUAAGUGUUUAUUUAUGUUAGGAGACUAAUGUCACAUCUGUAUCAGUUAUAUUGCACUAAUAAUAAUACUAUAACUAGUCGGAAACGUCAUUUUUAUGAAAUUAUGUGAAACUUAAUUAGACUUGAUCCGUAAUGUGACCGAUUUAGGACACAUCAGUAAAAUGUUAUGGCAUCUGGACAAUAUAUAAAUGCGUAAAAGAAACAAAUCACUUUUUUGUGUUCUGUAUUUUCGUUUCUCCACCAGGUGGCGAUGUCGGGGCCGCUUUGUGAACAGCUGGCACAGAUUUACUACAAAAUCAAUCCCAAAUACACUUUUGCUGCCCACACAGGGGCAUUCUGCCUACACGCACAUGGUGUCUCAAGCACCCUACAUAGUGCCCUAGGUGUUGGUUUGGGAGGCGUGCUGAAGGGGAGUCUGCUGUGAAGUUAAGAGAGAGAGAGAGAGAGAGAGAGAGAGAGAGAGAGAGAGAGAGAGAGAGAGAGAGAGAGAGAGAGGUGCACGAGUUUUGUGUUCUGAAGACUUCUUUUUGCUUCUUAAAUGCUGCUGCAGUGAUUUGGUGAUCAGUCCAUCAGGAAUGGAGGGAUGAACAGAGGAAGGAGACAGAGGGGUCUCACUGGGGGAUUUUAGACAGAUUCUCUUUUUCCCAGCGAUGGACAAACAAAAAGUUCUGGCUCGGCUGUUUUCGGACCUGCAGGCGUUCCUCCUGGUUCUGGACGGUGAGAACCUCAGCUACCUCGCUCAGGCCAAGAAGAAGUCCAUCUCAGAGCUUCUGUCCAAACUGCAGGACAACAAAGAGCCAGCAGUGGAGGAUGCAGAGUACAUGAUCAUGAACUGUCCCUCUGGAGGCCCAGCUAAUAAUCCGAGGAGAAACUCGGCUACCGAUCCGGGUUCAGCUGAAGAUCCUCACUUCCAGUGGCUUCGCUGCACGUCUCCUGCGGUUCCCUCACAGCCUCCGUACGUGUUAGAGGAAGACGAGGACUGUUAUGAGGAGGCGGAGCCUUUUAUUCCAGCCAAUCAAUCUACAGAUAAACUGGACUCAGAGAGCAGUCAUUACGAGUCGUACGGAGAGGAAGAGGAGGACGUCCCUGUGGACAGAGCUCACUAUAUCCAGUGUGGCUCGUCUCAAACCUGCCUGCGACCUGCCCCUGAAUCGCGGCUCUGCGAGUAUCUGUGGAGGAAGAAGUGGCUCGGCCAGUGGACACGCCAGCUCUUCAUCAUUAAACAAGACUCCUUACUGUGUUUUAAGUGUGCUAAAGACCUCCAACCGCUGCUGGAGAUGAAGCUGUCAGGCUGUCAGGUGGUGUACAAGUCCAAACACAGUAAGAAGAUGCAGCACGAGCUGAAGCUGGUGGGAGGAUCAGACACACUCAUCCUGGGCUUCCAGAGCUGCAGCCAGGCCGAGGAAUGGAGGAAGACCAUCGAAGAGCUCACCGGCUCGUUAUACUGUGAGCCGGAAUCGACGUGUUCCUCCUCGAUCAUGAAGAGUGAAAGACUGGAUUCUUUCAGGUCCAGCUCGGUCCUUCACACUGAUUCAGAUGAUGAGAUCCUCUCUGUUCCUUCUUCUGCUCUGAGCAGCACUGAGAUCAACAGCUGUAAAGACAGAGCGGGGUAUUUGAACGUGUUGAUGAAUUAUCAGUGGCAGACUCUGUGGUGUCGAGUGGAGGCCGGAGUCCUGAACCUGUUCAGUGAUGAGAGCAGUGACGUGACGCCGCAGUACACAGUGCAGCUCACAGGGAGCGAGAUUCGGCCUGAUGCUCACACACACACACACCGCAUCACUAUACUGCAGCAUGGAGACCAGGUGGCUGUCCUGGAGACUGGCUGUUCUGAUGAUAAAGAGCACUGGGUCCAGCUCCUGCGGGAUGGGAGCUCCACUGAUGUAUCUCCAAAUCAACACAACAGUCACGAGUCACUGAGUGGUUUGAAGACCCGGACGCUCCCCAACGCCAACACGUACAUGGACGACCCUUUUCAGCAGCUCUGUGGUUCAGUCCGCGGCUCCCCCAUCUACUGCAACACUGCUUCACUGGAGCGCAUGCUUCAGAAAUCCCACAUCAGUGGAUACGGAGAACCGCAGCAAGCCUCCAACUGUGCAGAAUACACCAACUACGACAUCUUCAGGAGCAACAGUAAGAAGGUGUGUGAGGUAGAGCGUGGUGUGCAGAAGCUGCAGCUCACAGGUAAACGUGUGCAGGUGAGAGCAGGGUCAGAGAUCAACCUGGUCAGCGUGGGGGCCAAACCUUCUAAGCGCUCGUCCUUCAGACAGUCACUGCUCCCGUUCUGCUCAGACAGAUCACAGGGAGGGUUUCUGACCCCACUCCUGCGGAGAACAGCUUCUGCUAAACUCUCUCUGAGACGAUCUCCUUCCACUCUGCUCAUCGAUCAUGGUCGUGUCUUUCACAGGAGGAAGGAGUGGGAGACGAAGGCUUCGGCUUGACCUGAACUCCUUCUCAUCUUGUACACAUUCCUGUCUUAUUAUUAUUAUUAUUAUUAUUAUUAUUAUUAUUAUUAUUAUUAUUAUUAUUAUUAUUAUUAUCAAUUGCACUGAGAAUAUUAUAAUUACUGAGCAUGUGGAUCAUGCAUAUUUUUGUAAUUUUUUAUCAGUACUGUUGUUUCAUAACAAAUUCCACAUCACAGUUUCAGUUUCUUUUCCUUCUCACAGUCUGUUGUUUAUUCUGAACUUCUGUUAUGAAUCUCUUCAACUUUCGUUCUGUAAAAUUAACUGAGCAAAAAAAAAAGGGUUAAUAAUGACUAAUGAAAGACACUGCGGUCUUAGUUAUGUGUUUGUAAAUGAUUUAGGGGUCCAAGCACCAGGUGAGAAUAAUUACCUCUUCAUUAAUGCUCUGGCUGCAGCUCUGUGGUAACUUUAUACAGGUGCACAUAUUUUAUACAAGUCUCUUUUUUAAUGAAAUGCCUUAAUUCUUAAUUUUUUUUUAAAGAUCUUUUUUAAAACAAAGCAUGGAGUUGUGAUCAGUUUCAGUGUCAGUCUAGGAUUUUUUUUAUCCUCUGGUUGUAUUGGUAUAAUGUAAAAUGUAUAAAAUUGAUAACUGUGGUAUGAUGAUGAAUCUAUUCAUGAUGUUUGUGUAAUAAAUAAACCAGCGUUGGAUGAA